UGCGAAAGCAGGAGAUCUCCCUGAAAACCCUCAAAAUUCCAACUUAAAGUCUCAAGCUCUUCUCCUCGCCUUCCCUUCCCCCUGAACCAACCAUCAAUGUCCGACCGAAGCUCCGCCGCUGGCGAUGGCGAUCCUAAGGACGACUCCAUCGCCAAGACUGCCGGCUUAGUGGUGUUCUCCGGCAUCGCUAUGAGCAUUCUCAAAGCUCUAAACCCUUUUAACAAAAGCGGAAAUGAAGAAACUCCUCCACUCUCCGAGUCAACUCAGGCCAUUCAGCCUCCUUCGCAGCCGCCCAUCCCUUCCCAGCAACAGCAACCCAUCACUGUCAAGGAACCACACCCUCCACCUCCGAAAUCCAUUACCAGCAAGGACCAAAAUGUACAGGAGACGCCGAAGUCAUCGCAUAGAACGAUAGAGAUCGAGAAAGGAGACACUCUUUGGGGACUCUCCAGAGAACAUGGGGUAUCCAUUGAUGCGAUCAAAGAGGCGAACGGUCUUACCGGAGAUACGAUCUAUGCUGGCAAGAAGCUUAUCAUUCCAUGAACACAUAUGCUCCCUGUCGUCCUAUAAACGAGUUUGGAGAAAUGUUAGGCAAUCAAAUGCAGGUCGCUUUUGCGUCCCUUACAUCCUUUGUAGUUUCAAGAAAUGUUGGCAAUCAAAUGCAGUCGCUGUUGUCUGCUUUACAUCCUUUGUUCCGUUUGUUUCAUUACCUGAAGUUGAGAAGUAAAUUUGUACUUGACUCUUUUAAAUCGAACAUAUUUUCAAGCGGAUCAA